AUGUUGAGGAAUCAUGGGAAGCUGAUAGAACCAACACCACAACAAGUUCUUAAGGAGCAUGGGCCACAUGAAUUUAUAAAAGAUGAACAAAAUAAGGAACUAAUUGAUGAAAUGACAAAGGAAAAUAUUCAACUAAAGAAGGAGAUCCAAAAGCUCGAAACGGAGUUACAAGAGGCUACCAGAGAAUUCCAGAUUAAAGAGGAUAUUCCUGAAACAAAGAUGAAAUUCUUAGCAGUUGAAACUCCUGAGAAUGACAGCCAGUUGUCAAAUAUCUCCUGUUCAUUUCAAGUGAGCUCGAAAGUUCCUUAUGAGCUACAAAAGGGACAAGCACUUAUCACCUUUGAAAAAGAAGAAGUUGCCCAAAAUGUGGUAAGCAUGAGUAAACAUCAGGUGCGGAUAAAAGAUAUAAAUCUGGAGGUUACGGCCAAGCCAGUCCCAUUAAACUCAGGAGUCAGAUUCCAGGUUUAUGUAGAAGUUUCUAAAAUGAAAAUCAAUGUUACUGAAAUUCCUGACACACUGCCUGAAGAUCAGAUGAGAGACAAACUAGAGCUGAGCUUUUGCAAGUCCCGAAAUGGAGGUGGAGAGGUGGACCACGCGGACUAUGACAGACAGUCCGGGAGUGCGGUCAUCACGUUCGUGGAGACUGGAGUUGCUGACAAGAUUUUGAAAAAGAAAGAUUAUCCUCUUUAUAUAAAUCAAACCUGCCAUAGAGUUACUGUUUCUCCAUACACAGAAAUACACUUGAGAAAGUAUCAGAUAUUUUCAGGAACAUCUAAGAGGACAGUGCUUCUGACAGGAAUGGAAGGCAUUCAAAUGGAUGAAGAAAUUGUGGAGGAUUUAAUUAACAUUCACUUUCAACGGGCAAAGAAUGGAGGUGGAGAAGUAGAUGUGGUCAAGUGUUCUCUAGAUCAACCUCACAUAGCAUACUUUGAAGAACAGACUUAACAGAAUCCUGAAAACUAUAGCUUUUUAAUGUAGAUUACUGUAAAUGUUUGACAAAAAUAAAUAUGCUUUUCCUUAAAAAAAUGAAAACUUUAAUUUUUAUCAUCCAUUUUAGAUACAAAACUUAUUUCCAUGUGUCUGAAUCUUCCUUGUUUCAAAUGGUGCUUGCUGCAUGUUUUCAACUAUAAUAAAUGCACUGUAAUAAAAGGUUUUGUUUAUAGA